AUGAUGAGGACGAGUAUCGACUGCCUCAUGGAAUGGUCCGCACGGGUUACGAUGCAGACACUGGGCGGUACCAUUUCAGAGACACGACUGAUGGCAGCGCGUAUGUGGGGGGAACCAGGAUCGCAGUUUGGAGUGUUGAAGAUGACAGGGAGGGCUUCAGACCGCGACAUGGAAACGCCCAAGAAGACGCAACACAAGCGACAUAGUAGUAGUGCCGCGUCGGCACUGCGCUCCAUCCGGCGCUCGCUGACGAUGGGUGCGGCUCGGUGGCGUAAGGACGAAGAAAAGGAUGGUCCCGUCGACAACGCCAUUGACGAUGAGCCUGUGCUCGUGUCGCGACCCACAAGCAUAAUUUCGGAUCCGGUCCGACCAGAACCCUCAGGCACACCUAAGUCGCCGCCAAAGUCCGACUCCGUCCAGGUCGCGUCAAAAAACGUAAAGUCACCAAGGAAAUCAUCCACAUCCAAACCCGACGAGAAGGCGGGAACGCUGUCUUUUUCUGUCACCUCCUCGCUUGCUCCCGCGUCUGGAGUAAAGCUACGCUCGAACAAGUCCCAGACCGUCACUCGACGGUCAGCAUCGGAACAACCCCACUCGCGAUCGUCUCUCACAUGGACCCGCUCUCGCUCGAAGCCAUUGCCAACUCCUUCUCGUGAAAGCUUCCAUACGCCCAUAUUCGACAAGUUACACACGGUGGAGCCUUCAGCACAUCGCAAAGACUCCUCCGAGAUGAAAAGGGCCGACCCUAUACCCACAGCAGCGCCCUCCGAGUUCAAAAAGGCCGACCCGGCAUCAUUCAGUUCCAGUCGACGCCAUUCCUCUGAUGUCCGCUCUGGAUCUACUCGCACGAGCUCAAAGCGAACACACGAAUCGCGUCGUCAAUCCGUUCCGCUGGCUUCAAAGCCGAGGAGCAAAGAUAUCUCUGCCUCAAAAUCGAAAGCAGAGUCUCCCAAUAUACCGCCCGCGCCACCAAAGCAAACCUAA